AUGGACUCCCCCAUAGACCCAUACAGCAGAGAUGACCAUCUCCGUUCCCUCCUUGACCAACGCACCGCUCGUGCUGACAUUCACGGCCGAUUCCCUUCUCUCUCCGAAUUUUCAGACUCUCCGUCUGUUUAUAGCCGUGCGCAUUUCUCCCCCCGUCCUACCGACAGGUCCCACGUCGAUACCAACUUUGAGUUCGUCGUCCCCGUCCAUGUCCGUCCCUCCGAGCCCCGCUCUCUGUCCGACCGAGAGCGGCUCAACUUUCCCAAUGCUAGUAGCUUGGAUCUUGACGACGAUCCAACCUCUUCUUGUGCAUGCAGUAACUCUCAUGACGGUGAGGAUUUGUCCGGGGAGGAUGAGGACGAGCCCCCGAGAAUCAGCACCUAUGGCCCCAAGAUGACUGUCCAUUCUCGUGCUCCUUGGGAGUUGGGAGAGGAUGAUGUCACCGGACCGGACGAUCAUGGAAGCAGCUCCAAGCUCUUUGCGCACAAAAGGCCUGACGGUCCUAAACGCGGCGUUUGGCCCCUGGGUAAGAACAGCACUGACAAGAGGCCGAGCACCGAGUCGAGCCGUUCGCAGCCAAAGGCGAAACAGUCGCUUGAUUCCCACUCACCCACUGGCGGUGCACUCCUCGCUCUGGCUCAAGCGUCAAUGUCGUCGACCUCUCUCUCUUUGACAUCUUCCCCUCAGCCCACCUUGCGAGAUAAAUUAUCUCUCUCUCGUCUACGUUCUCGCACACCGUCCAAUCCUAAUCCUCCAGGUGCCCUCGAGCCUAUCGAAGCUCGUCUACCUCCUUUCCCUCCAUCAUCAAACUCCACAUCUCCUAUGUCCCGGCUGAUACGCGCUACGUCUCCCGUGCCCUUAUCUCCUCUGGAGCCUACUUUCUCCGAUACUACUUCCCGUGCAUCUUCACCCAAUAUUCAUCAAGAGUAUACUCAUCCGUACGCAAACCCGGACCUCGUCCGCCGCGUUGUAUAUGAUCCACCCCAGUCACCCAAGCAUAUGGCAUCUUCCGUCCUUCCUCAGACAUUGGUCGCUGCCAAUCAUAGCGACUCAAAUGCCACCUUGACUGAGACCACUACCACAAGCAGCAUAUUCCAGUCGCGAUCGAACACAGCAGUGUCCUCGCUCACCCCCGUCACGUCUUCAUCAUCAAUGGACGCUAGCGUUCACGAAUACUGCCUUUCCGAUCACGUACAUGGGAAAGGUAUCUCUACCCCUACGUCCGUGAGCAAGUCGUUUGUCGCGAGGCCUUCUGGGACACAGGAGAAAGCAUCUGGGAAACUGCGGAAUAGGGAUACCAAACUCCUUUCCGGGCCUGCUAGUAGUGCAUUUCCUGGCUGGAGUGACAACUCCACUGGAUCGUCAAUUAAACUCAUCUCGCUGGAGGAAGCGCAGGCUCAGGCGCGCGAGCGAUCACGGAGUGCUACGGCGAAUCCAGUUAUAUCAAGUCCUCUUGUGGCCGGGCCACCUAGCGCACACAUAGGGGGUUUUGAGCACAAUAUGUCGCCACAGAGUCCCGCGAAAAGGACAAGAUCUGCUUCCGCGGGUGGGCUUAAAGCCAAAGUGGACUCGGGCCAGCGACCUCUCAUGCCCACGGAUUCAUCGCAGAUCGCUGUUGGCAGUGUUUCUCAGAGAACCGUGACUCGCAAAAAGAGCGGGUUUAUGAGACUCUUCAAUGCGAAAGAGCGAGAUAGAGCGCUGCAUUCGCCACCGCCUCCAAUACCCUCAUUAUCAUCAGACAGUGUUACAGUUCCCUCAAAUCCUGUUCCGCAGGUGCACAGGAUGCGAAAGGCCUCCACUCACCGAGUCCCUGUCCCAUCACUUUCACCGUCACUCGUAGCUGCUGUAGAAAAUCGCGUUGCUAAUGCCGACUCCGGUAGUUCAUCCGAUUCACGUUCUGAUGCAUCGGUAUCUAAAGAAUCUGUGUUACCGAGGGACCGUCAGUUGAGCUCCAGGCGUAAUGCACCAGAUCUCUCGAUUGUCACUUCACCGCCGACAGUCGAAGUGGCUAAGUUGCAGGCUGCACCACCCCAUACAGCGGCCAUCGUGAAUGACUUACACGGUCAUACUGUGAUCGUUACGCCGACUGCAAGUGAGUCUGUCACAAGUACCAUGUCGCAACUCCCAAGCAGUGCACCGCCUGGCAUGACUGACUUUGUAGCAUUACGCCUUCGUCCGGUCUCUACCCUUUUCAGCACAGGCUUUGCCGACCAGCUCGUCAGCCCAGAUGCCCUAUCUCAACCUUCUUUGGAUACAGACUCGGGCACUCCAACUACGGCGACAACCUCUAUGGUCUCGCCAUUGAGCCCAAACUUUCCACCGAAAGCAUACGCUGGUGUCAACGACGGCAAAGUUUCGCCCAUGAUCACGGAAGACGAUCAAUCCUCUAUCGUACAGCCAUUACCAGACCAAAUCUUAGUUGCGCGUAGGGCAUGGCAGCGACAGAUCUGGGAGCUCGAGGGCCAGGUACGCGAUUUGAAGGCUGAGGUGGAAGAGCUGCGCACAGCGGAGAAAGGCACGUCUUUUUGCGCAGUGUGCGGGCGAGGGAGUGCUGGUAAAGCCAGUACUGAAAGCGAUGGCACUCUCGAGGAUCUGAAGAAAGCCGGCGUGAAGGUCGGUGUGGUCAACCGUCCAAGAGCGCGCACCGGUGUCGGCUCCCGCUUCGCGAGUGGAACGUAG